CCCGCCGGUUGCCGUGGCGACGCGAGCGGCCGAGCCCCCGGGCGGCUCCCGGGGAGACCCCCCGCGCCGGGCGGGCCCGGGCGGCGGCCAUGCCAGUGCGUGCGGCCGGUGCUGAGUCAGGAACGGGCAUCCCCAAAUCCCCCUCCGAUACCAUGGAGGAGCUGGAACACACCUGUCCACAGCCGCGCCUGACUCUGACGGCACCUGCUCCAUUUGCAGAUGAAACAAGCUGUCAGUGCCAAGCACCCCAUGAGAAGUUAACCAUUGCACAAGCCCGCCUGGGAACACCAGUUGACAGACCUGUCAGAGUGUAUGCAGAUGGAAUAUUUGACCUCUUCCACGCCGGCCAUGCUAGAGCUCUUAUGCAAGCCAAAACUCUAUUCCCAAAUAGCUACUUAUUAGUAGGAGUUUGCAGUGAUGAUUUAACUCAUAAAUUCAAAGGCUUCACUGUGAUGAAUGAAACUGAGCGAUAUGAAGCCCUCAGACACUGUCGUUAUGUGGAUGAGGUCAUCAGAGAUGCACCCUGGACACUGACACCUGAGUUCCUUGAAAAACAUAAGAUUGACUUUGUAGCCCACGAUGACAUCCCAUACUCUUCCGCUGGAUCGGAUGACGUAUACAAACACAUAAAGGAGGCAGGAAUGUUUGUACCUACGCAGAGAACCGAAGGUAUCUCCACAUCGGAUAUCAUCACGCGGAUCGUCCGGGACUACGACGUGUACGCCCGGCGCAACCUGCAGCGGGGAUACACCGCCAAAGAGCUGAAUGUCAGUUUUAUCAAUGAGAAGAAAUAUCGCUUUCAAAACCAAGUGGACAAAAUGAAAGAAAAGGUCAAGAAUGUGGAGGAAAAGUCAAAAGAAUUUGUUUACAAGGUGGAAGAGAAGAGCCAUGACCUCAUUCAGAAAUGGGAAGAAAAGUCCAGGGAAUUUAUUGGCAACUUUUUAGAGCUGUUUGGACCUGAUGGAGCUUGGAAGCAGAUGUUCCAGGAACGAAGCGGCCGAAUGCUCCAGGCUUUUUCUCCCCGGCAGAGCCCAAACAGCAGUCCUACACGAGGCCGCUCUCCGUCCCGUUCUCCAUCUCCACCCUGGGUCAUCAAUAAGACCUCCCCUCCCUCUUCUCCAAAAGCUGCCUCUGCCUCCCUCAGCAGCAUGAGCGAGGGAGACGAGGAUGAAAAAUAAAAUAUAUAUUUUUUUAACCAUGAGACAGAAGAACAAGAUAUAAACUCAACCACUGGAUGGGGAGAAGCAUGAGGAACACCAGGGGUUUCUCUGACAGCAGGGAUCGUGCUCUGGGAGAUGUCAAAAAUGAACUGGAGCACAGCAGGGGAGAUCUCAGGAAGAGCUUAUCCCAUCCCCACUCUCUCAAGGUGCUGGAGUCCCAGCCAGCAGCACUUGCCAGGCACAGCCCCAGGGACUGACAGAAAAACACACCCAUGUGCAAGUUCCUGCUCCUGCCUUGCUGCUUUCCAGCUGCUGCUCCAGGCCAGGCUUGUGGGAGCUCUGCACCGAGGGAGGCUGGAAGGAGGAGCCCAGCUGGCUCCUGAUCCGGACCCAGCACACAGGAAAGUGCUGGCUGCAGCCUGCUGAGAGAGAAGAUGCAGUGUACCCUGCUGACCUUGAGCUCUUCUGGCACGUGAAGGAAUGGCAUUGCUGCAGCAAAUACGUUGAGAAAUAGGGAACAAAAUUGGGGUUUUUUUCCUUUUGAAUAACAUCUGCCCCAGAGCCCAAAUCAUGCACUGAAAUGAAGAGCUCUCCAGGCAAGUUGGUGGAAAUCUAUUUAACAUAUUCAGUGCUGCUUGUUGACCAAGCCUCUCUGUGGGGUGUGUCUAAAGAGUCGGGCUUUUUGCUUUAUCAAAUCACUGUCCAUGUUCCUAGUGCCUGAACAGCUGCGUAAUCACUUCUGGUUUGCUCCCUGGCUUUGCACUUUGAAGGCAAGAAAGUAAAUGAAAAGACAGCCCUAGCUGGAAUGUGGUGGUGUAGGAAAUAAGCGAAUUUGAAGAUGCUAAUGGCUUUUACUGGUGAAAUAUAAAAAUAUCCCAAGACCUUGGGACAUGGCCUCCUAGGAAAACCUGCUGCUCCCAACUAUGUAUCAGAAAAUGACAAACAAAUAGUGCUGUUGUCACAUGAUAUUCAGCCAGUUAAACAAACUUCUCAUCAAACUCUAAACAAGGUGUGUUCACAGACACACUGCCCCUGCAGAGGAUCCCAAGGCUAUUCCUCUACACUAAUAUGGAGGAAAAAAAUGGAAAAAAAACAAAGGAAACUUUUUGAACAGGAUUAGGUACAACUAUUUUUUUUUUCCUCCAUCAAUGACACCUUUACAGCCCCAAGCAGAAACACAGAGGGUAGCACAGCUCUCCCCUCAAUGCUGAUCUUCCUAGUUGGCAGAGCUAGUCCUACCUGACAUCAGGUCCCAUGUUCAGUCCCUCAGUUGGCACCUCAGUCCCUCAGUAGCUGCAGGAGCUGGCAGGAUUCCUGAGCCCUGGGGCUGCUCUGCCCCACAGCUGCAGGAACCCCCAGUGCUCUGGUGGGGCUGUGCCACUGAUGCCAUUUGGCUCCCAGGCUUGCCUUGGCACAGCUGCCUCAGCACCCAGGCACGUCUGAGGCUCUCCAGCUCAGCAGCAGCUUUGGUGCCAGGCCAGCAGGUAAAGGCUGCCACUGCCCCUGUCCCACAGGAACGGGGCUGCAGCCAUAGAAUCACUCCUGUGCCACUGCUGCCUGGAACUGCAAACCCACCAGGACACACCAGCUGCUGCGGGCAGCACCGGUCAGCACUUGCUGGUUCCCUGCACAGACAACACAGGAAAUGCUGGGGGAGGGAGGGCUCCACGUCACUCUUGGGAAAAAACCGAGGCACCAAGAUGCCCAAGCAUGUGGGGUGGUUGUGCUUGCUGGCAGCAGCACCGCCCCAGCUGCUGUCCUUACCUCACUGGGUGACCUGGUUGGUAGGUAGACGCCUUUCCAGAUACUCUCAUGGGCAAGUAAAUUACAGACCUUGGUAGCAGCCACCAAAUUAGCUCCACACUAUGCUCACUCCCUACAGCUUUCAUCCCUCCUCCACUAUGAGGCAACCAAUUUUACUUUGGGAACAUUUUGCCAGACAUUUCUCAAACUACCACAAGACCAAGUAUGCAGCAUCUCGUGCACUUUGUCUUCUGGAGUCGAGCUAGUUCCUUCACAGAGCUGCAAAAACAGGUGAGCAGGAAAUAGGGUGGAAUGUGCAAAGGGACAGGCACAGCUACUUCAGCUGCUGCCAGCUGUGCGCCCAAUGGAACGAUGCAAUUAAGACCUUUCUCAGCCUUAGGCAAUGUGUUACUGUAAUUUCAUACCUGGGAUGCACUUGCUAGUUUUUCUGAUCCUUUGCAAGUCUUAAGUCUUCCCAUCACAAACCACUUCUCCACCACAGGAACUGCCUGCUUCUACUGGUGCUGUUGACAGACGAGCCAUGUCCAAAUGCAUUGGAGGUGGGCAAGGAUUUGUUGUUCUUGGCUUUUACUUGUUUUUUGUUCAUCUUACUUCCCUAGCAGUUACUGUUCAGCAGCCCUUGCUCAGUGGUUUGAGUGAGACAGCACCACGACUUGUAAAUGGGAACUAGAGAAAAACUCACCAGUGACCUGUUCUUAACAGAAGCUGUUUCUCAGGGUCACAGGUGACUACCCAGCAACAAAGCCAUAUUCUGUACCAGGUGUCUUGUUUGCAUGUAGGAUAUCACUAAGCUGAAGCCUUUGCCUUGCUGGUACAUUCAUGUGCUGUCUCCAGCAAACCAGAACCUCAUAGUGUCUGGACACGUGGAAGGCGAUUUUGCACUUCUGAGUCAUGGUUGGGUUUUCCUUUUCACAAGUGUUGCUUUAAUUUAGUCCUAUUUAUCAGCCAAGCUCCACAUGAACAAUAAAGUGUAUGACAGACACAGCUGCCUUUCCCUUUCAUUUUACAGCUUCUUUGGACACAUGAACACAAGCUGCAGAGGAAACCCCACUAAUGGUACAGUGCCUGUCAUCCCCAUCCUUGGUAGCCCAGGGCUUUACACCCCCACAAAGCCAUGAAAGCAGAUCUGCCAAUAUGCCCAAAAUGCUGCUGCUUGAGUUCUGCUGCUCUCUGCACAAACAGGAUCACCUGUCCUUGCUUUUACCUUGCAGCCAGAAAAAUGUGGGUGAAGGUGGGGAAGUGCUGGUCCAGCUGGAAAGGUGCAGCAUUAGACAUUAGCAAGUCUGAUAACUUCUUUUCCCUGUCCUGGCACAAUGGAAUCAGGAGCCACUAUUUUAAUUCCUACUUCAAAGUGGAAGAAAGAAACAGUGCUUUUGCAGCCAUUCUGGUUCCUCUGCUGAAAACCAUCCCCAGCAUCAACUGAGUUGCCCUUGUGGGUGCCAAGAUGCUGGCUGUGUCAGAUGGAAAACAUGAGCCACAAGACAAACAUGAGCCACAGGGACAAAUCCUGACACUGGCUUUUGGACUUGACUCUUCCUUGAACCAAGUCAGUCUGGUGUAUGAAAUUUCUGCUUUGCUCUUUCCCAUCUGUCCUUUCUGUAAGAAGUCAGUACCCGCAGCAGCUCUAAAGAUUAUUUAUUCAAAAGACCUGCCUCAGGCACGGAGAAGUUAAAACAGCAAUUGGAGGCUCAGGACUUCCUAGCCAAGAUAUUUUUAAUUACAGAAUAAGCAAAUUUCAAAGUCAUUGAGCAUAGGAGAGAAACCAUUUAAUAGCAGAGUCCACACCAAAAUGCUCACAGAUAACACAAGGUUACCUGUACACAAUGUGUGUCCUGCAAGCACACGCACACAGGUAUUUUCUGCCCUUUUCUUUCCAAAGGGAAGGCCCUUUCCUGGUAUAAGGAAGGGCAGCAUUAACAUUUCUAAUCCAAAUGGCAAUCAAAGCCAUGGCCUCAUGGCUCAGCCUAAGGGAAGAGGUGGCAGAUAUAGACUGAAAUAAAAAUAACUGAAAGCCUUUGGACAUGCACUUCCACAGCGCUAACUGGGGAAUGUGGGACUAAGACUCCAGCAAAACCUGAGGUGCUUCCUGGGACAAGUGCAUUUGCCAGAUCUCCCUGCAGAAUGCAGAAGGCUCCCAUGUCACAACCAGUUCCUCAAAUAUGAGACCUGAACUCCCUUGCUCCAGCAGUUAUUCAUGACCAGUUCAAACAGUUCUUUCACACCUGGUAUCUCCAUCCCCUUUUAGAUACUCUCUCCAACAGCAUCAAUCCCUGCUUCAACAAGGAAUGGAGAACUGCAAGUUCUGAGCCAGGUGAGGCAGUUCUGCCUUUCACAGAAAUACAAUUUAUUUUUUAAAUGUUUAACAGGAUUAAUCAAGACAAAAAUGUUCCAUUAUCUCAAAGCAAUUACUCCUGUGCCUAAGCACGUGACAGCAGGAACACUCAAAGGGAAGAUCCUCCCUGGUGGCACCAACCAGGCUGAAUGUGCACAUCAAGUCUCACAUAUAUUUAAAAUUCUAGAAACAACUUUGAUAGAAUAAAUUAUGUCCUCUCCAGCACAUUUUGUGGUACGUUUUUUUUACUGUAUUCCUGUGACCCUCUAAUAAUAUUUACCUAUAAACACUGGUUUUCCAUAAAAUAAAGUGACCGUGAACUGCAAAGGCAUCAUCUGCUCAGUAAGAGCAGAUUACAAAAACCUGCUCUUUGCAAGUCACCAGCUCUGAUUACCAACAGGGGGUGUUAUUUUAAUGUUCUACACACCAUACUGGGCUCCAGCUUUUUAAUUUCAAAACUAACAUAUUAACCAGUAGGGAUCCAGUUACUUUGCUACUUGGCCAUACUUAAGAUAGUUUAUAUCAUCAGUUUGAAAGUUAAUGAGCUUCAUUUUUACCAGUGUCCUGAUCUUGCACUUCUGUGGUAUUUCAUUAAAAGCCAAAUGCCAAAACAAAAUGGGAAAUUAUCCCUCAAGGGAAAUUUUUAUUUAUUCCACUCAUCCCCCCUUGGUUAUCUAAAAGGCCUCUCACAAAUGAGUGCAUUUAUUCCAGAAAAGAACCAACCUAACAUUUUAAAUAUUCAUAUUGUUCACAUGCAAACAAAACUGCAUAAUGCCAUAUCCUGUGUAAGAACUAUCAAAAUGCCCCCCAAAUAGCUGGUUCCAAAUUAAAUAUAAUUCAAACAGCAUCACAAAUCUUGGGUGGCUUGUUUUAUUUUCCUUUUUCCUCCUCAAAAGAACCUUUUCUUCAAAUGACCCCACAACACAAACCUGUAUCACUGCCACCAAGAGAAUAUGAAGCUCACAGUCUAUCUUUUAAAGAAACUGGAGAAAAUACAAUGCUAUGAGGUCAAGUACCUCUAUUCUGACAGCUUUAAACUUGCACCUUGCAAAGUCAAAUCAAUUUGUCAUUAAAAAUGUAGAGCUAAGCCACACAGGAGCUAAUUAAAACCCAGCCAUUAUGCAAUGAGUGGUGGUGGUAUGACGCCAUCAGCAGAAUUGACUCCAGCCAUUCUGACCUGAAUCAAGCUGCACACAGAGAAAACUACCCAAGUUCUCUCUUGCAUGUUUUACCCAACUGUUUACCAAGAACCCAAAAGUUGAGAGUCAUUACGUAUUGGACAUAGACAAUACAGAACAGCAAGACAAAAAGUAUUUCAAAAGACCAGAACAAAGCAUAACUCCAGUCUCUUCACCAUCACAAAUGGCCAUUUGUGAAGUAGUUUGUAACUGAAGCCUUGUCCAUUGUAACGUGCAGGACCCAGCAGUUUUACACAGGUAGUUUUCAAGUGCUGCAUCACACUGACCAGAAGAGACUGAAAACCAAGAAGGAAGAAUUGUUUCCCUGGGGGGAGACUUAGUGCAACAAGAGACAGAAACUACCACACAGCCGUGACUCACACCUGGCACACACACAGAGCCAGGUUCCUUUACCUCAGUGCAAACAUGACCACACCUCAAGUGUUGGAUCUCCACCAUCCCAAGGACCCCAUAUCGAGCAUUCCAUGUCUACAAAGAGAUUCAUUAACCAAAGGGUGAAGAGCCAACUGGAUCAGCCAAGGAAGGUGCUCAGGGACAGCCACGCACACCCACAAGCCUGAGACUGCCAGGACACCUCUCAUGGCACAACAUGCAAUAUCAGCUUCCACAACCACAAGCACAUUGAUGAAACUCCUCUGAAACCUUCCAAAUACUGAAAGUCAUGUGACCUUGAAAACAGGCAGAACUGAAGAUUUAUUCUGCAAAUGAUCUUUUAAAUCUUGUAUUGCAGGUACCUGCACACUUAUUAAUUUCAGGAAAAGAAUCCACAGUGGCAGAUCAAACCAGAAAAUUGUUUUACAAUGUUCAAAUGCUGGCUCCAGCUGCACACUGGUAGAAGCACAGUGAUGUGCCUGCUGCCUUUGGACUAGAAGACACAUGGAGGGAGUAGCUUGGGCCAAAGAAAUGUAAAAAUUAAGCAAGUCACUAUUAUGGAAAAGGACUUUGGGAUUGCUAUGACACAAUUUUGAAAUGGCUGCUGCUCUUAGACAACACACAGCAGGCAUUAUUUACUACACUCCAUGUAGCUCCCAGAGAAGAUGGUACAAAAGCUUAAAGUAAAAACAGCCUCUGAGUUAGAUCAUGAAUAUAAACUGAUCUGACAUUAAAGAAAACUUAUUUUUUCCUAUCAAGUAUGGCUGACAUGCUUUAUAUGUCUCACUUCAUUUACAAACUGCCUACUGCAAGACUUCUUUCCACUGAAAGCAACAAACUGAAGUAUUAAGUCUACAGCCAUCUACAAAAGGCAUGAAUUGUAUAACAAGAAGCUGAUCCCUUAUUACAAAUUGUUCUCCCACAUAUGCCUGUGUCCUAAAGCCAUAAAUCUUCAUUAUACUGCUGCUGCAACUGUUUGCUUUAUCUCCUACAGGCAACAACUGUCAAAUAUGCAGUACAUGCUGACAAAUUUUGCAAUUUUGAGCCACUUAAUUAACUACUCAGCUCCUGUGAAUACCCCGUCAUAGCAAAUGGUAAGCAGUGAGAAAGUACAACACAGAUUUCUUCUCAGCUGAAGUUUUAAAAUAAAUUUUUCAUCUGAAAGAAAAUUAUCUCAGUUCUAGCAACAUUCUGGCCAUCUGGAGCCUCAUUUAUUACUUAAUAAGAAAGCUAACGAGCCAAGUAAGAUGGGUCCCCAAGCAUUUUCCUGCUCUGGAAUUGCUUGGUAAAAAACUUUGGGUUUUUUCAUUUUCUUGAAUAACUUACAAAUGUACAUAAAACUUUGUGGAAUGCUGAAGAAGUUUCAAGGUAGAAGUCUCGGGUGUUACGUAUCUAACAGCUAUUUUGGCUUUCAGGAAUAAUCUGAGAAUUAGCUUUUGGGAGGUUUAUAGACCAGAAAAAAAACCCAAACCUAAAAGCUGCUCAUAGACUAAAAUUCCUCUUGAGCUCCCAAAUGCACCUCUUUGAGGGUGCCUCUCUGUAGGCACGAGAGAAAUUGACCUUGGACUACCAAAUCACAAACUGAGCUCCAUAUUGUGUGAAACCAACUAGUUCCUUAAAACUGUCAAUGUGUAUUUUUUUAAGUAAUUUUAUUUGUCAACCACUGAAAAAGAGUAUACACAAGUCAAAUACACAGGCAAUGUACUAGAAACAAAACAAGUUACAGAAGAUUCAAAAAUAAAUUUAAAAUAUCACCAAGUAAUCUCAUGAAAAAUUACCUUCUCACUCCUCCAUUACAGUUUAGGAGAUUCAAAUGAUGCCAGCUCAGAGAAAAGGCACCAUGAGACCACUUUCCCUCGUGGAUGCCAAGUGCAACACAAAGCAGCUCACCAGGAAGAGCUGUCCCAUACCUGACCUUGGAACAAAGGGACUUCACUUCCACCCACAUGACAAACUCAUGACACCCCAGUGCAGGGUCAGCACAUCCCUGUGAGAUGAGCCAGCCUGCAGGUCCCUGAGGACAAUCCCUGCUGCAGUGCCCAGAGCAUCGAGGGCAUCGCCUGGAAACUGCCUCUGCCUGAUGGCAUCUACAGAGGGCAUGGAUUUCAAAGGACUGUGUCCAACACCUCUUGGCAGUAUUCAAUUUGAAGGAAAAAUUCAAUAAAGCAAUUAACACCAGAAAUACAACAUCAGAAUUAUCAUACACUCAUCAAUCCUUCUAGUACUAAAUGAAAACCCCUCCAGAUUUAAGAAGCAAACAAGUUCUCUGUGCUGAUUCUGAGAACUUUUAAGGCAACAUAAUACUGCAAUUAAAGCACAUGAACUUUAAUUUUUCUUAUUUAUUUUUAAUUAGAAAGCCACUUCAAUUACACAAAUCUUCAUUGUUUCAAAUUAAUAUCAACAACCUGAGUUCUGAUCCUGAGAACAGAUUCAUUUAAGUGGCAUUCCUCUCAUACACUGUUGACUUGUGCAAGUAUUUGCAAGACCCAGCCCUGAACUCACUACACAGUUUACAGCUACAUUUCCCAUUUGUGAACAAACUUAACCUCUGAAGUCAGUAACACAUUGCUCUGUCAUGUGCCAUCAUAUUCUCUUAACUAAAUGUGUAGCAAAACCACAUUUACAUAUGUUAAUCCAUAGACAGGGGUGUAUGCCAGGAAGAAGUAAGAAAGAGCUACCAGAAACCAUGGCAACCUAGAAACAAACAAGGAAAGGGAACACUACAAUGGGCAUGGUUAUCCUCAAGAUAAAUACUAACACUAAACAUUUAGGCUGUUUUCUACACAAUAAUUUUCAUGAAUCUUGACCACUUUUGCAGCACCUCACACAUAAGGAUCUAGAGGUACCUAUUAAUAAGGUGAGGAGG